GCAAACUCUGUGGUAGAGCACUAGGCUAGCGGUCCAAUGAAUUCUUUCUAGCUUUAAAGUUUCGAGGGGCUACGUUCAGGUCAUAUGUUUGCAGAUGCCAGAUUACUGACAAAAGUUUUUAUGUUUGUAGUUUCAGAUAUCUAACUCCAUAGGCAGGCGAUCAGUUCCAGAAGGACCAAAUAAUUGGACAUUAUUGCAGUGAUUGACCACUUCGCUGCAAAUCACAACAACAGGCAGAUUGUUCUCCUUUUACACAGUAAGAAACAACAUGUCCAGGACAUUACAGCUGGUUGUCCUUGUCCUUCAUGGAUUUAUCUCUCUUUCAGCAGCUUCACAGGAUUCCUGUAAUACGUACGUCCCACUUGGUUCUUCCUUCAAUGUCCCUUUGAGCAACAACAACAUAGAAGACAACGAAAUAACCUGGAAACACAAUGGAAUGAUUGUAUUGAAAAGAAAGAAUGGGAUUUAUAAACCAGGCAAAAAAGAGGACAUUUCUGCUACAGGGUCUCUUCUGCUAAAAGACCUGAAGUUUGAAAAUGAAGGUCUCUACGAAGCAGAGGUGUUCAACAAAGAGGGCAUAAGAAUCGAAACAACUUCCUACAGACUGUGUGUGCAGGCUUCACAGGAACCCUGUGAUAAGUACGUCCCACUUGGGUCUUCCUUCAGUGUCCCUUUGAGCAACAACAACAUAGAAGACAAUGAAAUAACCUGGAAACACAAUGGAAUAAUUGUAUUGAAAAGAAAGAAUGGGAUUUAUAAACCAGGCAAAAAAGAGGACAUUUCUGCUACAGGGUCUCUUCUGCUAAAAGACCUGAAGUUUGAAAAUGAAGGUCUCUACGAAGCAGAGGUGUUCAACAAAGAGGGCAUAAGUUUCCAAACUGCUUCCUACAGACUGUGUGUGCAGGCUUCACAGGAACCCUGUGAUAAGUACGUCCCACUUGGGUCUUCCUUCAGUGUCCCUUUGAGCAACAACAACAUAGAAGACAAUGAAAUAACCUGGAAACACAAUGGAAUAAUUGUAUUGAAAAGAAAGAAUGGGAUUUAUAAACCAGGCAAAAAAGAGGACAUUUCUGCUACAGGGUCUCUUCAGCUAAAAGACCUGAAGUUUGAAAAUGAAGGUCUCUACGAAGCAGAGGUGUUCAACAAAGAGGGCAUAAGUUUCCAAACUGCUUCCUACAGACUGUGUGUGCAGGCUUCACAGGAACCCUGUGAUCUGUACAGCCUACUUGGGUCACCCGUCAAUGUCCCACUGACUAUCGACAACUUAGAAGAGGACAAUGAAAUAACCUGGAAACACAAUGGAAUAAUUGUAUUGAAAAGAAAGAAUGGGAUUUAUAAACCAGGCAAAAAAGAGGACAUUUCUGCUACAGGGUCUCUUCAGCUAAAAGACCUGAAGUUUGAAAAUGAAGGUCUCUACGAAGCAGAGGUGUUCAACAAAGAGGGCAUAAGUUUCCAAACUGCUUCCUACAGACUGUGUGUGCAGGCUUCACAGGAACCCUGUGAUCUGUACAGCCUACUUGGGUCACCCGUCAAUGUCCCACUGACUAUCGACAACUUAGAAGAGGACAAUGAAAUAACCUGGAAACACAAUGGAAUAAUUGUAUUGAAAAAGAAGAAUGGGAUUUCUAAACCAGUCAAAGAAGUGACCAUUUCUGCUACAGGGUCUCUUCUGCUAAAAGACCUUAAGUUUGAAAAUGAAGGUCUCUACGAAGCAGAGGUGUUCAACAAAGAGGGCAUAAGAAUCGAAACAACUUCCUACAGACUGUGUGUGCAGGCUUCACAGGAACCCUGUGAUCUGUACGGCCUACUUGGGUCACCCGUCAAUGUCCCUCUGACUAUCGACAACUUAGAAGAGGACAAUGAAAUAACCUGGAAACACAAUGGAAUAAUUGUAUUGAAAAAGAAGAAUAGGGUUUCUAAACCAGUCAAAGAAGUGACAAUUUCUGCUACAGGGUCUCUUCAGCUAAAAGACCUGAAGUUUGAAAAUGAAGGUCUCUACGAAGCAGAGGUGUUCAACAAAGAGGGCAUAAGAAUCGAAACAACUCCCUACAGACUGUGUGUGCAGGAGAAGGUCUCCAAGCCCACAGUGAUGUUCCAAUGUUCAACUGAAAAGGUCACAUUGACCUGUAACAUAACCGACACCAACAUAAAGUCCUUCAAGUGGUUUAAGAACCAAUCACCUGAAAAGAGCAAAGAUAAAACAUAUGUCAUCAAUGUGAAACAACUAAAAGAGUCCGACAUCUUCACCUGCACUGUAGAAAACCAUGUGAGCAACAAGACGAGUGACGGUAAAUCAAAAACAUGUAAAGCAGAAUCAAACUCGACUUUUCCUAAAAAGCUGUUUGGUUUUGAUUUCUGGACCAUGGUGGGCAUCCUGGCCGGGGGGGGGGGCUUGGUACUCCUCCUCAUCAUCAUCACACUGGUCUGCUGCUGCCGCCGACAACGCCAGAGACGAUUUGAAGAAGAGAGGGAGAUGAGACUAGACCUCUUGACCCAAACGCAGCCUCCUUGCCAUCCAGACGGACAGAAGCAAAGGCCAAGACCCACCGGAGGGGCCCCGCCUGGUUCCACGGGCCCCAGGCGCACGCCGAGAGCUCGGGAGAGGCCUCCACCGACACCCAAGGAUGAUGAUUAUGAGGAACAGGCCCCACCACUACCUCAGCCCAGAAAGAAAGGGCCUCGCCCAAUCAAACAAUGAGUCUGGAUACAGGUUUUAGCCUACAGUAGGUCCUUUAAGAUCUGAGAUCCAACAGUCUACUGUCCAUGCUAGAAUGUAUGUCUAAUUUACAGUAGACUGCAUCAGUAUGUACCCCACUUGGAGCUUAUGAUGAAUUACAAACUCUCAUUGAAAUCAAUUGAAUUGUGCUUUUUAUGAUCCACACCAAAUAUUCUAUAAUGUCAAAUUGAACAUCAAAUUAUACUUAUACAUAUAUAGUUGUAUUCAGACUUUUUAAAAUGGCAAGAUUUGAGAAUUGUCUAGCCAUGAUUCCCAACAUUUUGAAAGAACUUGAAGAAUUGGGGAAACAUUUAAAAAUAUAUAUUGCAUAAUUCAUUGAGCAGAAUCUUUUUGAAACUUAGCAAACAACAUUCAAAGAUUUAAUCACUGCUAAAGGUGUUUCUAACAUCUUAUUACUCUGGUUGGUAAAUACUGUUUAAACCUUGAAUGAAAUGUUGUAUAUAAGUGUUUCUUUUUUCAUUAUAAUUUAAAAUGUUCUUAUUUGUCUUCACUUUACAAGAUAUUGUGUGGAGAUGGCAGACAAAAAAAAGCAAAAUGAGAUAGAUUUGAAUCACACUUUGUAACACUAUACAGUGUGAAAACAUCCAAGUGAAUUAAUACUUUCAUAAAAGAAUGUAGAUUAUUUGUUUUAUAUAAAUCCUUGUAUUUAAAAAAUAUAUUUUCUCAUUAACCA